AUGGGGAAUCCAGUGACACGAGAGUUUGAGGUUGGGAGACAUCUAGCUAGUGGUGGCCCUUGCAUGUGCUGGAGAAUCUACAAUGGUACAAAAAAGUCAACUAAACAGGAAGUGGCAGUUUUUGUUUUUGAUAAAAAAGUAGUUGACAAAUAUCAAAAGUAUGAAAAGGACCAAAUUAUUGAUUCUUUAAAAAAAGGGGUACAACAGUUAACAAGAUUACGCCACCCACGUCUAUUGACCGUACAGCAUCCUCUUGAAGAAUCACGAGAUUGUCUGGCAUUUUGUACCGAGCCAGUGUUUGCCAGUCUUGCUAAUGUGCUGGGUCAAUGGGACAACCUCCCUAGUCCUGUGCCCAACGACAUAAAGGAAUAUAAAUUAUUUGAUGUGGAAACAAAAUAUGGCUUGUUACAGAUUUCUGAAGGCCUAUCGUUUCUACACAGCGGAGUGAAAAUGGUUCAUGGAAACUUGAGUCCCGAAAACAUAAUUCUCAAUAAAAGUGGUGCCUGGAAAAUCAUGGGUUUUGAUUUCAGCAUUUCGUCUUGCAACCCCUCUGAUGCCGAGCCUAAAUACACAUGUAAGGAGUGGGAGCCUAACCUCCCUCCACUCUGCCUCCCUAACCCGGAGUACCUUGCUCCGGAGUACAUCCUGUCAGUGAGCUGUGACUCGGCCUCGGACAUGUACUCUCUGGGUGUGGUCAUGCAUGCUGUCUUCAAUGAAGGAAAGCCUGUUUUCCAAGUAAACAAGCAUGACAUUUUUAAAAGCUUCAGCAGACAAUUGGAUCAGCUCACCAACAUAAGUCCAGCACUCCUGAACAAAAUGCCAGAAGAGGUUCGAGACCAUGUGAAGAUGCUUUUAAGUGUUGCAUCAACUGUAAGACCUGAUGCUGACCAGAUAACAAAAAUCCCUUUUUUUGAUGAUGUUGGAGCAGUAACUCUUCAGUAUUUUGACUCACUCUUUCAAAGAGACAACCUACAAAAGUCACAGUUUUAUAAAGGCCUGCCUAAAGUUUUACCUAAACUACCCAAGAGAGUAGUUGUAUAUCGGAUCUUGCCGGCUUUGACUUCAGAGUUUGUCAACCCUGAUAUGGUUCCCUUUGUACUUCCAAACGUUCUGCUCAUUGCUGAAGAUUGCACCAAGGAGGAGUAUGUUCGACUCAUUCUGCCAGAUCUCACACCAGUUUUCAAGCAGCAAGAGCCCAUCCAGAUUCUGUUAAUAUUUCUUCAAAAAAUGGACCUGCUGUUGACCAAAACCCCAGCAGAAGACAUCAAAAACAGUGUGCUGCCUAUGGUCUAUCGGGCUCUUGAAGCUCCUUCUGUUCAGAUACAGGAGCUAUGUUUGAACAUUAUUCCAACAUUUGCCAAUCUGAUUGACUACCCAUCAAUGAAGAACUCCCUUAUUCCAAAGAUCAAAUCUGCGUGUCUGCAGACAUCUUCUCUUGCCGUGCGGGUGAACUCUCUUGUGUGUUUGGGGAAAAUUUUGGAAUAUCUAGACAAGUGGUUUGUCAUCGAUGAAAUCCUCCCGUUCCUGCAGCAGAUUCCAUCCAGAGAACCAGCAGUGCUUAUGGGCAUUCUAGGAAUUUACAAGUGCACCUUCAGUCACAAGAAGCUGGGCAUUCCCAAAGAGCAUCUUGCCACCAAGAGCUUGCCGCACCUUGUGUCUCUCAGUGUAGACAAUAACCUCAAUCUGAACCAGUUUAACUCUUUCAUGAUGGUUAUUCGGGAUAUGCUGAGUCGAAUGGAGGCAGAGCACAAGACAAAAUUGGAGCAGCUGCAUGCGAUGCAAGAACAGACCAGAAGUUUAAAUGUAUCCAACCAAGGGAUCCAGUCAGAAGAGACAAAAUCCAUUCCAAAGUCUGGAAACCAGAUUGAUGAUAUUUUUGGAAGCACAACUGUCAAUGGAAAAGAAAACGGGUCUUCAGGAUCAGUGCCUAACAGAAUGUCUCUAACAAUGGAAGAAAAACAACGGCUUGCAAAAGAACAAGAACAGGCUGCCAAACUUCGAAGUCAGCAACCAUUAGCACCGCAAUCAGUCAAACCAGCUUCUUCUUCCUCCAAUCAGACAAAAGACCUGACCAGCAGUCUUCUUAAUAAUAUGACCUCUUUGAAUAGUCUGUCCUUGGCCAACACGCCUCGUCCUGGUACUGUGCCCGGAUCCACUGUGUCCUUUCCCGCUCCAAACCCAAUGGUGGGCUCCAUGGGGGCACCAUUGUCCAAUGGCUACAACACAACCAUGGGCUUUCAGGCUCCUCCCAUUGGGAUGGCUUUGUGUUCAACAGGGCCCAGUCUUUAUGGUGGGAUGGCUACCACCACCAGCACCCCAAACUUUGGUGCCCUGACACAGAACCAAGCAGACCCUCCGCCAGACCAGCAAUAUCUCACAAGAAUAUCCAUGGAGUGUCAUGACUAUACUGACCAAAAGCCUUGUCAUAAUGAGAGAGAUAAAGAAACCUUUCCUCCUGAGUUCGUGUAUAAAUUGAGUCCAAAGGAGACGCAGGAGUUGGUUAAGUUGAGAAUGUCAAAUCAAAAUCUUUUUAGUGGAAAAAGAAAUGCAUCUAUGUGUGGAUGGAGUACUAUUCUCAGACACAUGGGAUUACAAGACAAAAUAACUCACUAUCAAGCAGCCAAAAAAUGGGAGAAUUUGAAAAAGAGAUACAAGGAUCUCAAGUAUACUAUUCAAGGUGAUGACAGUAAAGAGCCACAAUCUCCUCACUGGCCUCUUUUCACUUUAAUGAAUGAUGCCAUGGAAGGGCGACUUGAUAACAGUGCUACUGUUCUCACAACGACACAACAAGACAGAUUUGAAGUCUUGAACUGUCCCAAACGAAAGAAGAGGCGGCUAAUAAUGCCUGCAAUUUCCUCAGUAGAAUCACUGGCUCCUGAAUCCUCUUCUGAAUUCUUCGCAGGACCAGAAGUUGAGGUCACAUUAAAUCAAGAGAUACCUUCAGAAGGAAGUCUGGAUAUAGGGCACAUCUUGGAGCAAGUGGACAAUGAAAAGAAAGUGAUGGAUCAGCAGAAGCAAAUGAUGGAGCGUGAGCACCAGCUGCUGCAAAGAGAACGGUCAGCAUUGGACAGAGAAGUAGCAUCACUGGAGAGAGAGAGAGCGUCGCUGGACAGAGACAGAGCUGCUAUAGAGAGAGAGAAGGCCCUGCUCGACAGAGAGAGGGCGUUGGUGGAGAGGGAGAAGGAGGCUGUGUCCAGAGGCCGGCAGGCUCUGGAGCAGGAGAGAAUCAGACUGGUGGGAGCAAAGAGCGAAUCGGACAAUACAGACUCUGCAGACAGAAAGGAAAAAUUUCUUUUUUUGUUUGAAAAGCUUAUCAGCAAUUUUUAA